AUGUCUUUGCAUUCCCCACACAAUUACUUGAAAUUACCAGAAGAAGGAGAAGGAUUAGGAGAAGGGAGAGGGGGCGGGGCAUUAGAAGGACAGGAGGAGGAUAAAGUAGGGGAUUGUGAUGUUGGCACAUAUGGUGCCGGAUGCUCAGAAACAUGUCACUGCGCUGUUGUAUCAUCAUGUGACCCUUUCAGUGGAAUAUGUACUACAGGUGGAUGUCAGUCUGGCUGGUCAGGGAACAAUUGUCAAAUUCCUGAUAUAUGUGAGGCUGGUUACUAUGGAUCUCAAUGUACUGAUAAAUGUCAUUGCAUGGAUGAUGUAUCAUGUGAUAAAACAACAGGAGCAUGUCCUCAGAAAAAGUGUGCCUUAGGAUACAGCGUACGUGAUGGUCGGGAAAAUUGUAAAGAGUGUGACGGAGGAACCUUUGGUCUGGAUUGUCUUCAACGAUGCCACUGUGCUCAAGAAGCCUGUGAGAUACAGAGAGGACUGUGCGAUGGUCAAUGCCUUGAUGGUUGGUUUGGACCCUACUGCCAAAGAAUACCAAGAUAUGAAGCAGUAAGAGUGAAUCCAUACCAACCUUCAACUAUCACAUGUUAUGCUGAGGGGAUUCCACUUCCUGAAGCAUCUUCUGUUGACCUUCGUCGAAUUACUCAAAGCGGCUACAACAAAACAGGAAUCACUAAGCACUCAAGCUUUGUAUCCGAGUCAGAACGGGCUGUUGUCUUUGAUAUUGAAAGUGUUUACCCACCAGAAGAUGGAAAUUAUGUUUGUGUUCUCAUUGUUGAAAAUACGCCCUACCUAUCAUAUGUCUCUGGGCCAACGUAUGCUCUUCCAGAAAUUAGUGAAGCUCCGGAGAUUGUCACCACCGCUUUAUCGACAGUCAAUCUCCGGUGGAAUGCCUGGUCUGCAGGAGAAGACAUAGGGGAUCCUCCACUUGUAGGAUACGAUAUAUUUGUAAAGAGAGAUGGUGACUGGGAACUGGAUCAGAGAGUAGAUGACUCUAACACUUCAGCUACUGUUAGUGACCUGACUCCUGACACAGACUACAUGUUCUGUGUUGCAGCCGUGAGGGAAGGAGAGGGUGGAACAGGACCUUGGUCGCCAAGAAAUGAUACUAUCACUCUUUGUACAAAUCCAAAUGUACCUACUGGAAUACAAGUGGAAGCUAUAAGGCCUAAAGAACUACAGGUGGCAUGGGAGCCCCUCUCUUUGGAAUCAGCAAACUGCAGGAGUGGUGUGACCCAUUAUAUGGUUUACUAUGCUCUCUCUGGUUCAUCGUCCACAAACUCUCUCAUAGUUUCUGAUGAUAAAAGCAACUUCACAAUAGCAGGAUUAGAGACCUAUCUGGAAUAUGCCAUUCAAAUGACUGCUUCAAAUAAAGAUGAGGAAAGUGAUAAGAGCAGUGAGUCAAUUGGCAGAACACUUGAAGAAGUUGCACCCGCUCCUAUCAACCUGGCCAUACCAAAAAGCACCAAGAGUUCUUUCACUGUGUCGUGGUCCACCCCUCUUCCAUCUAACGUGAAUGGUCGUAUUCAGAUGUACAACAUUCGCUACAAGCAAAGCGAUCAAGGAGAUGAUGGUGAUUAUAUGAUGGAAAAUGCGUUGACAGAUGCAUAUGAUGGAGAACAUACUGUGACGAAUCUUCCCUAUGGUGUUAACUAUACAGUUCAGGUCCAAACUGUCAAUGGAGCUGGUUCUAGUGAGUGGUCAUACCCAGUCCGAGCCAAGACCAUCCUUACUGGUCAAAGGGCGCAAUUAGGCGCUAUAAUUGCAGGUGUUACAGUACCUCUCAUCAUGAUCAUCAUCUUCCUUAUAAUCCUUAAUGUGGUUAGGCCGAAAUGUAGGAGGGCAAAACUGAACUCAUCGCCAAGAAACACUGCACGCGAGGCCUCCCCUGAGUACGAGACCACUGUCUUUGACGCGUCCAUGCGCACCUGCAGAAACGUAGAUAAAGACACCUACCAAGAACUCGAUUUCGACACCAGGAACAACCAGAACCCUACCGACCCCCAUAUUUUGAAGGAACUCAAGAAAACCAACAUCGAUACCACGCAUCAGAAUGUCUGCCAAUCACAGCCAGAAAGCGCUUAUGAAUACAUUUAGAAUCGACUGCUAAGUAUAGUUAUACUACAGCAUUACAUCAUGAAGCAUGUAGCAGAGUUGGUGUGCGUAUGUGGGGUUGAUACGGUGUGACUGUGUGUGUGUG